CUUCCUCUUCCAUUGAACCCAGCAUUCACUCAGCGAUUUCUGCUGGCUUUUUGUUGUCGGAGGUGGAAGGUAACACCUUAAGGAAACGGAAAAGAAGAGCGUUAAAAGUAAUGGAGUCGGAAAUAUUGAAGAUCAUCUGCGCCCAUCGAGGAUCAAUUGACACCGAUGAUUUGAUAUUGAAUCUCGGAUUAGGCGAUUCAGUUCAUGAUUUCAUUAGUAACCGAGAUAAAUUUGCUUUGUGUUGUCCUUACGGGCAGCCGAAGGUGGUGGCCAGGACCAGACUGAAAUUGUGUAGAGUCAGAGAGUGUCCGGGAUCAUGCAGGAAUCUGCACCUGUGUAAAAAGUUCCUCCUCACCGGAUCCUGUCCGUUCAGGACAGGAUGCAGAUUUUCCCAUGAGCUGGACUCUGAUCACAAUGCAGAGUUAUUGCGAGUGCAUGAGCUGGAGAGUCUGAGCCGGACCGAGCUGUGCACACUGCUGCUGCAGAGCGACAACUGGCUUCUGCCUGAUAUAUGUCAUAACUACAACAAUGGUGGCGGCGAGUUUGGCCUGUGUCAGGAGGGUUUCGCCUGCAAGAGACUGCACAUCUGUGAGAGGUUCCUGAACCGCGACUGCAGCUGCUCCAAGGCUCAUGAUUUUAAUGCUCCACAGCCAUACAAGAGCCUGCAGGAGAAAGGCGUGCCUGAAGACCUCACUCAUUCCUUGAAGUUGGUUUAUGCAAACAUAUUGGCUUUGAAGUACACUGACAGGCAAGAAAAGCAACAAAACUAUUCCACCAGGGAAUUCUUUGCCACUCCCAACAACACUGGGAGAGGGGGAGGUGUUCACCGGGGCAACAGAGGCAACAGGGGAAAUAGAGGCAACAGGGGCAACAGGGGCAACAGAGGAAAUAGAGGAAACCCAGGCAACCGUCAACCGGUGCAACGAACCUCUUCCACUGACGCCAUCCUUGCCGAAAUCAACGCCUUAGUUCCACACAGGAACGAUGGAAUGAACGAUUGGCUGCAACUAAACUCUUCCACCAGUGACAUCUCCGUUGCUGCCAACGACACUGAUGCAAGCAGCGACGAUGGUCAGAACAAAAAACAAAAUCCGAAUAAAACUCCAACAGCUGUCAGGGAGAAAGGCGGGAACAUGGUCAAACCCUCAACCAGUUCCACUAAUGACAACCCCGGUGUUGUCAUCGACGAUGCAAAAACAGAUGAUGGGCCGAACAAAAGACAAAGGCAAAGGCCUGCUAGAGAUAAAACUGAGAUCUGCAUGUUCUUCAUCAAAGGAAACUGUAUACAUGAGGAGCGAUGUUUUAAAGCCCACGACAAGAUGCCGUACAGAUGGGAGGUCAGAGAGGACGAUCAAUGGACCGCCUUGACUGAUGAUGAAAAUGAGGCAAUUGAGAAGGACUUCUGUGACCCUAAAAACACAUACAGUCAGCACCCCUACAGCACCCCACCUGUGCAUUUUGACACAAUGACCCGUGGAUCGAACAAAGUCCGACGUCUCUCUACCACAAACUCUUUGCUUGAGCCAACCUUCAUCCACACCACGGAGUGGGUUUGGUACUGGGAGGAUGAGUUUGGAAAGUGGAACAUGUACGCUUCAGCUUCUGGUGGACUCAAAGUAUCAGACGUAGACAGUCCUACACUGGAGCAAAGGUUUCUGGACAAUCGAGUCCCCCUGCAGCGCUCCUCGGAUGAAUUUAAGGAGAUUGAAACUCUUUUCUGUAAAACCAUGCGAGGCUUUGACAUUGUCCAAAUUGAGAGGAUUCAGAACAAAGCUCUUUGGGAAGUCUUUCAGUGGCAGAAAAAUCAGAUGAAGAACAACACCAAGAGACCCUUUGUGACUGAAAAAAAGCUCUUUCAUGGCACGGACUCUAAAUACGUAGAUGUCAUCUGCCACACCAACUUUGACUGGAGAAUCUGUGGAACUCAUGGAACUCUUUAUGGCAAAGGUAGUUACUUUGCCCGGGAUGCAAAAUACUCCCACAGCUACACCGGUGACUCUGAUGUCAAAUCCUUGUUCAUCUCACGGGUGCUGGUGGGAGAUUACACCAGAGGGUCCUCCGACUACGUCCGACCUCCUUCUAAGGACGGCGGAGACAUAAACUUCUUUGACAGCUGCGUUGACGACAUUAUGUCCCCUUCCAUCUUUGUUGUGUUUGAGAAGCACCAGAUCUACCCCGAGUACCUGCUGAAGUACAAGACCACGAAACCAAAGAAGUCUGAUUCCUGUGUCAUUGCUUAGGGACAAAGCUGCAAGACCCAACAACAAGGCCUUUUGGUAAAUAGGCAAUGCUAUCCAUUGAAGUGUACGGAGUGAAUGCAGUAGUGUCCCUCAGACUGCUUAUUUAAUUAGAAGAGCGUAUAACAUUAAAAUGAUUAAUGCCAUGGAUGAAAAAAGUGCAUUAG